AUGGAGAGUCGGCAGCACAACGCCACCAAGGAGCCUGAGAUCGAGCUGUUUGUGAAGGCUGGUCUGGAUGGAGAAAACAUCGGAAACUGCCCCUUCUGCCAGCGCCUCUUCAUGGUGCUGUGGCUCAAGGGGGUCAAGUUCAAUGUCACCACGGUGGACAUGACCAGGAAACCUGAAGAGUUGAAAGAUUUAGCGCCGGGCACCAACCCACCCUUCUUGCUGUUCAACAGGGAGCUGAAAACAGACUUCAUUAAGAUUGAGGAGUUCCUGGAGCAGACCCUGGGCCCACCCACGUAUCCGCACCUGAGCCCCAAGUACAAGGAGUCCUUCGACGUGGGGAGCGACAUCUUUGCCAAGUUCUCGGCGUACAUCAAGAACCCACGCAAGGAAGCAAAUAUCAAUUUCGAGAAGGCCCUGCUGCGGGAGUUUCAGCGGCUGGAUGUCUACCUAAACACUCCUCUCCCUGAGGAGAUUGACCAGGACAGCGUGGAGGACAUCACUGUCUCCAAGAGGAAAUUCCUGGACGGAGACCACCUGACGCUGGCUGACUGCAACCUCCUGCCCAAACUGCAUAUCAUCAAGAUCGCAGCCAAAAAGUACCGCGACUUCGAGAUCCCAGCGGACAUGACAGGCGUCUGGCGCUACCUCACCAACGCCUACGCCUGCGAUGAGUUCAGCCACACGUGUCCCGCGGAUGAGGAGAUAGAGCACACGUACGCCAGCGUUGCCAGGAAGAUGACCUAA